AUAUACUCCUGUUCUUGAACAUCAUCCCAUUGAGAACACCGGGGAAGUUCAGCCACCAGCAUGUCCAAGCACAGACUUAUUAUACUGAGACAUGGAGAGGGGCAAUGGAAUAAGGAGAACCGAUUUUGUAGCUGGGUGGACCAGAAACUGAACAGCGAAGGACUGGAGGAAGCUCGGAACUGUGGGAGGCAGCUUAAAGCCCUGAACUUUGAGUUUGAUCUCGUCUUCACAUCCAUGCUUAACCGCUCCAUUCACACGGCUUGGCUGAUCCUGGAAGAGCUGGGGCAGGAGUGGGUUCCUGUGGAGAGCUCCUGGCGUCUCAAUGAGCGUCACUAUGGAGCCUUGAUUGGUCUCAACAGGGAGAAAAUGGCUCUGAAUCAUGGUGAAGAGCAGGUGAGACUCUGGAGGAGAAGCUACAACGUGACCCCGCCUCCCAUUGAUGAGACUCAUCCUUACUUCCACGAGAUCUACAAUGACCGGAGGUAUACGGUGUGCGACGUGCCCCUGAAUCAGCUGCCACGUUCAGAAAGCUUGAAGGAUGUUCUGGAAAGACUUCUUCCCUACUGGAAGGACAGGAUUGCUCCUGAAAUACUAAAGGGCAAAACCAUUAUGAUAUCUGCUCACGGGAACAGCAGUAGAGCCCUCCUGAAAUAUCUAGAAGGUAUCUCAGAUGAUGACAUCAUCAACAUCACUCUUCCCACCGGGGUUCCCAUUCUGCUGGAGUUGGAUGAGAACCUGCAUGCUGUUGGGCCUCACCAGUUCCUGGGUGACCAGGAGGCCAUCCGGGCGGCCAUCAAGAAAGUGGAUGAUCAAGGCAAAGUGAAACAAGACAAAAAAUAAAACUCAUCCCCAGUGUGGCCAGAGUAGAGUUCAGUGUGUGCCAUGUGGGUUUCUCUUUCCCCCAUUCUCCCCAUUUCCCCCAAGGCUCGGCUGUGUGGUAGAGUGUGUAGAUAACUAGGUAAUUUAUCAUGGCCCAGACAUGACCUUAGGAUACUGAAGAGCUUUCAGCUGAAGCCUAAGUUAAUUUUUCUGCUACUUCUGUUUGAAUCAAGUUCACAGACGAGUAGCCAGUGGGGUUUGACCAGGCUGCUUAUGAGUUUUGGAGACAGGAGAGUAACAAGUGGAGAUAAAACCAUUUCUCACUUAACAAGUCAUUACUGAGUUACCACUGACAGGCACUAUUUUGAUGAGCAGUUCACCUUGUUAUUUAGUAAUUCUGGGACGAGUGGACACUACUAUGUAGUGCUUUGGUAGUUUAGUUGAGAGGCCCAUCCAUGGGAAAGCCACGGAUGGGUCCUACGAGGUAACCACGCACCACAAUAGCGGCAGGCACUUGCAUUUCCCUUAGCCCGUGCCGCCCUGUUGGCCAUCAGUAGAAAUCGUCUUGGGCCACUAGAACGACCAGGAUGUGCACAGCUGUGGCUGUUUAUGUUCUCUUUCUGUUUCAUUUUGAGUUUUGAACUUUAAUCUUUGGGUACUUAACAUGUAGUUUAAAAUAAAGUUUUGUGAUUGCAA